GUUCCGACAUCUUUUUGACGUCUGCCUUCAAAAGCUCAAUACCGCCUCUUCUACUACCCAACACCAUGCACAGCACAUUUCCUCUUCCUUCCUCAUAAUUUCUUAACAUCGUGACGGCGCGGAAAUGUCCAAUGGCUCGAGUUCGCGCUCCUCAUCGUCCUUUCAUUUCUUUGCGGGCAUGACCUCGGGCAUCUUCUCCGCCGUCCUCCUCCAACCCGCCGACCUACUCAAAACCCGCGUGCAGCAGUCACACCAAAACACACUACUUGCGACGAUCAAAUUGAUAGCCAGCGGGCCGAAUCCAAUUCAGCAGUUCUGGAGAGGCACAUUACCAAGCACACUGCGCACAGGAUGCGGCUCUGCGAUAUACUUUUCCGGCUUGAACGCGCUACGGCGGCGGGUCAGUGAGGCAAACAUACUAGCCAGUGACCGCGCGAAGACGGACGGCCACUCAAGCACACUGCCUAAGCUGAGCAACACGGCGAAUCUGGCGACAGGCGCGGUGGCGCGGACAUGGGCUGGCUUUCUGAUGAUGCCCAUCACGAUACUAAAGGUGCGCUACGAGAGCAACCUGUACGCAUACUCGUCGCUGCUCUCUGCAUCGAGAGACAUAUUCAGGACCGAGGGCUUUCGCGGCUUCUUCGCAGGGUUCGGCGCAACGGCAGUCCGCGACGCGCCGUAUGCGGGGCUGUACGUGCUUUUCUACGAGCAAUCGAAGAGGCGGCUUUCGCGUCUCGCUACGACUAUCGAAGAAACGGCGAGCACUUCGACUGCGAGCCUCUCGACCAGCACAUCGGCUGGCAUAAACUUCCUUUCCGGGGUCAUGGCCGCCGGUCUGGGGACUACGUUUACCAACCCAUUCGAUGCUAUCAAGACGAGGAUACAGCUGAUGCCAAACCGAUAUGCAAACACAAUACAAGCGGGGAAGAAGAUGCUGAGAGAGGACGGUAUACGCAGCUUCUUUGACGGGCUGGGAAUACGGAUCGCGCGGAAGGCUAUCAGUUCUGCGCUUGCGUGGACGGUCUACGAGGAGCUAAUUCGGAGGGCGGAGGGGAGGUGGAGAGAGGGUAUCGAAGAGAAGGUGUAAGAGUACUGUAUGAGUAUGUGUGCCAUGUGGAGGUGGAAAAAUCAAUGAUUCUGGGCUGGCUAUCUGCAUCAGGCUCUCUGCUCAAUGCGCGAGUAUCACAUUUGCCGCAUGUAGGAGUGAAGUGGAAGCUCGUUGCUU